AUGGCCUCGUUCCGCCUCGCCCUCGCGCGGCCGCGUGCGUCGCUCGCCGCGCCCUCGCUCGCCCGCACGCUCGCCACGCCGGCGGCCGUGCCGCACCGGCCCUCGCACCGCGUGCUCAUCCUCGGCGGCGGCGCGGCCGGCCAGGCCAUCGCGCACCAGCUGACGCGCUCGGGGCGCUUCGCGGCGGGCGAGAUCGGCGUCAUCGACCCCUCCUCGACGCACGACUACCAGCCCGGCUGGACACUCGUCGGCGGCGGCCUCAAGCAGAAGGAGGAGCUGCGCCGCCCGCUUGCCGACCUGCUCGCUGACACGGCGGGCGUCGUGAGCCUGCUGCCGCACACCGUCACUGGCCUCAAGCCGGAGAGCAACGUCGUGCAGACGGAGAGCGGCGAGGUCGGCUACGAGCACCUCGUCGUUGCUGCGGGCAUCGACUGCAAGUGGGACAAGGUGGAGGGCCUGGCCGAGGCGCUCAAGGUGCAGGGCAGCGGCGUCAGCAGCAUCUACUCCUACGACACGUGCGACAAGCUCUUCCCGCAAAUUGACCAGCUCAAGAAGGGCAAGGCCGUCUUCACGCAGCCGGCCGGCAUCAUCAAGUGCGCCGGUGCGCCGCAGAAGGCCAUGUGGCUGGCAGAGGACCACUGGCGCUCGCACUCGCUGCGCCGCACCAACAACGCCGACUCGCCCGUCUCCGUCACGUUUGCGAGCGGCAUGCCUUCGCUCUUCUCCGUGCCCAAGUACUCUGCCGCGCUGGACGUGAUCCGCGAGGAGCGUGGCGUCGAGAAGCUGCUGCAGCACAACCUGAUCCGCAUCGACGGCCGCAAGGCCGUCUUUGCCGCCGGCGAGGGCGAGGUGACGCUCGACUUUGACCUGCUGCACGUGGCGCCGCCGCAGGGCCCGCGCGAAGUCUUUGCCAAGUCGGCGCUCGCUGAUGCGGCUGGCUACAUCGAGGUCAACAGCGGCACGCUGCAGCACGUGAAGCACAAGAACGUCUGGGCUGCCGGCGACGCCAGCAGCCUGCCCACGUCCAAGACGGUCGCUGCCAUCACGGCGCAGGCGCCCGUCCUGGUCGAGAACCUGCUGAGCGUCAUCGACGGCAAGGAGGCUGCCACGACGUACGACGGCUACACGAGCUGCCCGCUCCUCACCUCCUACGGCAAGGUGAUGCUGGCCGAGUUCAAGUACGGCCUCGAGCCGAAGGAGACCUUCACGCGCCUUUUCGGCAUCGACCAGACGGUGCCGCGGCGGGCUUUCUACCACCUCAAGAAGGACUUCUUCCCGUCCGUCUACUACUCGUCGUUCAUCAAGGGCACGUGGCAGGGCCCCAAGGGCUGGAGCCUCUCUGCGCCCUCGGCUCGCAGCUUCUCGAGUAGCGCGCGUCGCAGCUUCAGCACGUCGUCCGCCGCCGCUCGGGAUCAGCCGGCCCGUCGCCCUCGCGACCCGCUGGCCACCUCGCCGCACGCCGUGCGCCACGCUCUUCCUUCCGGCGAGACGCUGAUCGUGCGCGCUCCGCCGACGGCCGGCACGCCGCACUCCAUUGCCGACUUUGGCGCGCGGCCCGCUCAGCCCGGUGCUAGCGCAGGCGAGCUGUUCAACGUGGCGCCGCACGCCGGCACGGGUGUGCUGCCGCCGCCGAUCCGCGCGCCGAAGGUCGCGGCCAAGGAGCCGGAGCUCAAUGAGCAGGAAAUCACGGAGAUCCGGCGGCUGCGCGCUGCCGACCCGACACUCAGCGCUCGGGCACUUGCCAAGCGCUUCAGCUGCAGCGCAACAUUCAUUCAGAUUGUCGCGCCGUUGCCGAAGACAGUGCGGCGGGAGCUUGAGGCGGAGCGGUCGCUGUUCGACGACAGCAUGGGCUUCAACAAGCGCAAGGCGAGCGUCGAGCGGCAGGAGCGGCGGGCACUCUGGUAGAGCGCCGUGCGUUGUACACAGCAUCGUCAUCAUAUAGAGUUCACCAUCAGCUGUGCCAGCCCGCAGGGCCCAUCUGUCAUCAUGAGGCGCAGCGCAGGCGCAAGAGUGGAUUGCUGGU